CGCGGCUGGCCGGGCCCGGAGGGUCCGGGGGCGGCGGGAGGCGGGGCGGCGCGGGCUGUGCGCGCCAAGGGACCCCCGGAGCGGACUGGGCCCGGGAGCGGCGCGGGCGGGCGGCUGCUGAGUAAUCCCCGCGCCGCAGCCGGCCGGGCUCCUCCUCCCGGCCCGCCCCGGCCCGCCCGCCGCCGCCGCCGCCGCGCUCGGGCAGGUAGCGCCGGGCCCCGCAGCCGCGUCCCCGCCCGGCCCCGCGCACAGCUCGGCGCGCCCAUGGCCGGCUCGGAGCAGCAGCGGCCGCGGCGGCGGGACGACGGAGACUCGGCCGCGGCCGCAGCGCCGCUGCAGGACGCAGAGCUGGCCCUGGCCGGCAUCAACAUGCUGCUCAACAACGGCUUCAGGGAGUCGGACCAGCUUUUCAAACAAUACAGAAAUCACAGUCCACUAAUGAGUUUUGGAGCCAGCUUUGUCAGUUUUUUGAAUGCCAUGAUGACGUUUGAGGAAGAAAAAAUGCAGCUGGCAUGUGAUGAUUUAAAAACGACAGAAAAGCUGUGUGAAAGUGAAGAGGCAGGAGUAAUUGAAACAAUCAAGAAUAAAAUUAAAAAGAAUGUGGAUGUCCGAAAGUCCACCCCUUCGACUGUGGACCGGCUUCAGAGGCAAAUCAUCAUAGCUGACUGUCAGGUUUACUUGGCUGUGCUCUCAUUUGUGAAACAAGAAUUGUCAGCGUAUAUAAAAGGUGGGUGGAUCCUUAGGAAAGCCUGGAAGAUUUAUAAUAAAUGCUAUCUGGACAUCAAUGCCCUCCAGGAGCUGUAUCAGAAGAAACUAACGGAAGAGCCCUUGACAUCUGAUGCUGCAAAUGAUAAUCACAUUGUGGCUGAAGGGGUGUCUGAGGAGUCUCUAAACAGACUGAAAGGUGCUGUUAGCUUUGGAUAUGGCCUUUUUCACCUUUGCAUAUCCAUGGUGCCCCCAAACCUGCUCAAAAUCAUCAACCUGCUGGGUUUUCCUGGAGACCGCCUACAGGGGCUUUCUUCACUGAUGUAUGCAAGCGAAAGUAAGGACAUGAAGGCCCCUUUAGCUACAUUAGCUCUGCUCUGGUACCACACUGUGGUCCGCCCGUUUUUUGCCUUGGAUGGCAGUGAUAACAAAGCAGGCUUGGAUGAAGCGAAGGAAAUUCUCCUCAAAAAAGAAGCUGCUUAUCCAAAUUCUUCCCUCUUUAUGUUUUUCAAGGGACGCAUACAACGAUUAGAGUGUCAAAUCAACAGUGCCUUGACUUCCUUCCACACUGCUCUGGAACUGGCCAUAGAUCAGAGAGAAAUCCAGCAUGUCUGUCUGUAUGAAAUUGGUUGGUGCAGCAUGAUUGAGCUGAAUUUUAAGGAUGCCUUUGAUUCCUUUGAGAGGCUGAAAAACGAGUCGAGGUGGUCUCAGUGCUAUUACGCCUAUUUAACUGCAGUUUGCCAGGGAGCUACUGGUGAUGUGGAGGGGGCCCAGCUUGUCUUUAAAGAAGUUCAGAAACUCUUCAAAAGGAAAAACAACCAGAUUGAACAGUUCUCAGUGAAAAAGGCAGAGAGGUUUCGGAAACAAGCCCCAAGCAGAGUUCUGUGCGUGUUGGCGGCGGUGGAGGUGCUGUACCUGUGGAAGGCCCUGCCCAACUGCUCCUUCCCCAACCUCCAGAGGAUGAGUCAAGCUUGCCAUGAAGUGGAUGAUUCAUCUGUUGCUGGAUUAAAGUAUUUGCUUCUUGGUGCCAUACACAAAUGUUUAGGGAACUCGGAAGAUGCUGUUCAGUACUUUCAGCGAGCUCUUAAAGAUGAGCUAUGUCGUCAGAAUAACUUAUACGUUCAGCCCUAUGCUUGCUAUGAACUUGGCUGUCUUCUCUUAGACAAACCAGAGACAGUAGCAAGAGGCAGAACUCUACUUCUUCAAGCAAAGGAGGAUUUCUCUGGCUAUGACUUUGAAAACAGACUGCAUGUCCGCAUCCAUGCUGCUCUGGCCUCUCUGAGGGAACUGGUUCCUCAGUGACAGACCUGGAGUCCCCUCUGUCCCUCCCCACCCAGGUUCUGCACUUUCAAAUAAAAGCAGAAGACACGG